AUGUCAAACGCGAUAGAGGAUCCCCGGGUCAGGGCGGCCAUUGAGCACUACCUGUUAGAUCUGGAGAACACCCAGCCGAAGAAUACGAAGCGAAAUUAUCGUCCCAAGCAGGAAGAAUGGAAGGAGUGGUGUCAAGCCAACUGGCCUGCGAUCCCGGACGUUUGGCCGGCCUCGGUACCACAGGGCCAACAGCUACCGGGAGACCUGGUCGAUGAAGGAAAGCUCUUGCUCUUCAUGAAGGAGGUAGUGGCAUCACGUCCUCCAAAGAAAGGAAAGAGGGUCGCCGAUGAAAGAAAACGACACCUCGAGGCUCAGGAAGCCAAGAGGGCCGUGAAAAGACGCAGAGCACCAUCAGAUACCAUCGUUGUAGGCGGCGGAGGUAGCGAAUACGAGUCAGACUCCGACUUGGAGUUGUAUGAGUCCACGCUCAAACUACAGUAUAAUACUAUACCCGACCACACCAACGUGGCAUGGUCCGAGAGGAAAGAGAUCGCCUGCGCCCUGAGGACGCAGGUGGACUUUCUGCUCGGGAACCACAUGCUGCUGCGGUCCGGCAACCGCCUGCCGAUGGAGUUGGCAGACUGCUUUCCCCUGGACUUACCCAACGAGGGCUUCAAGGCCCAGGGCGGAAAGGUUUCCGUCUUCCAAAGAAGCGAAGACUGGUAUGAAACGAAGGUGCUCCGCCGAUCGGCGAAAGAGCCUCAAGCUCCGUUGUCGGGCCAGACUGCCCGAGAAUGGACGUCCAGGUUCUACAAGAAGGCCGGCAUCAAGGUCUCCAAGGUCAGCCACGCGCCUAGAGUGGCCGCGACGCAAAACGCCGACAUGGCCGGAGUGGAUGAAGGCCAGAUCCGCCGAGCCGGUCGUUGGAAUAACGGAGACCAGAUGACCGGCUGCUAUCUGACUUCCCUGCCUUUCGAAUUCAUGAGGGCCGUGGCCGACUUUGACCCUGAAUGGUCGGGGUCUUAUUUCGUGCCCCGGGCCACCCCCUUUCUCAGAUCUGGGGUGGAGCAGAACAUGGCCGCCGGCGCCUUCUUGGAACUCCUGGAGUGGCUUCGAGAGGUGCUCCUGCAGGACGCUGUCUUCCUUCGCGAGUCCUACCCCGACCAUCCUAUCUUCCAGGAUCCGGUCUUCUCUUGCCCCGAGUUUGAAGCGUUCGCCAGCAAAGUUCAAGACACAUGCACACGGGACCACGAAGACAGCCAUACCACGGUCAUUCAAAAAGCGAUGCCGGUGGUUGCGGAGAAGCUGCGCACAUUGGAUGAGUUUGCGCAGGCGACCUACACCGUCACCUUCAGCCCCGGCCAAGGUGCUGCAGGUCAACAUGCGGAGAUCGCGGGAGCUCAUCAACAGAGGCGCCGCGCUCCACGAGAGACGGUCCUCAGGUCCGAGAUAGGCCCUUCGCAAGCGGGCGGUCCGACAUACGCUCCGCUCUCUCUAGAGCAGCAGCAGGGAAUGGUGCAAGCGGGCCAGGGGCAAGCCCCCCAGGGAAGAGCGCAUGGCGAGCCGCCUGGGCCGCGCGAACAUCCGAGCUUCAAGCUCCCCCGUUCUGUCAAAUCUGUACAGGAGCUGCUGCGUCUCUGGCGGCAGGGCUGGGGCGAAAUGCCUUCUGUGGAUUCUCUUGAGCGAGACUGGGGUGCUCGAUGGCGGCCAUCUGCAGAGAAGAAUUACCUUUCCACGCGCAAGAUCAUCGUCGAUGAGGCCAUCCGAAAGGACAGGCAAGGCGAAAAAGGGACACAAACGUGCGUCGGGGCAAUUCAACGUCGGUGGUAG